AGCCCCGGGAGACGCUCCACCCGCCUGCCCCGGAGGAGGCGGGCUGGGGGAGGUCGAAGCAGUCUUCGGGCUUCCGGCUCAGCAAAGGCUCGCGGGGCAGUUUUCGCAGGGGACGACCCAGUAGGACCGUCCGGCGGAGAAUCGGCCCGCCGGCGCCCGGCCCUACAGUCUCCGAGGAGUCCCGUCCGUCGCCCCUGCCGCCCUAAGCCGCGGUCCCAGCCAUGGCUGCACGCCUGUUCCGCGGCUCCCUGCGCUGGUGGGGCUACCGGUGCGCCCUGCCCUCGAGGCCCGCCGCGAGAUGUUCUCAUUCUGGAGGGGAAGAACGUCUAGAAAGUCCUUCUGCUAAAAAAUUAACAGAUAUAGGAAUUAGAAGAAUCUUUUCUUCAGAACAUGACAUUUUCCGGGAAAGUGUAAGGAAGUUUUUUCAAGAAGAAGUGAUUCCUUACCACACAGAAUGGGAGAAAGCUGGAGAAGUGAGUAGGGAGCUUUGGGAAAAAGCUGGAAAACAAGGACUGCUCGGUGUCAAUAUUGCUGAGCUUCAUGGUGGUAUUGGUGGGGACUUUUAUUCGGCAGCUGUUGUUUGGGAGGAACAAGCAUAUUCGAAUUGUACAGGCCCAGGUUUUAGUCUUCAUUCAGAUAUUGUCAUGCCCUACAUUGUAAACUAUGGCUCAGAAGAACAGAUUAAGCACUUCAUCCCGCAGAUGACCAGUGGGAAAUAUAUUGGUGCCAUAGCAAUGACAGAGCCUGGGGCUGGAAGUGAUUUGCAAGGAGUAAGAACAAAUGCCAAAAAGGAUGGAAGCGACUGGAUUCUCAAUGGAAGCAAGGUAUUCAUCACCAAUGGGUGGCUGAGUGACGUUGUUAUUGUUGUGGCGGUCACAAAUCGUGAAGCUCGCUCACCGGCCCAUGGCAUUAGCCUUUUUCUGGUGGAAAGUGGAAUGAAAGGAUUUAUCAAGGGACAAAAGCUACAAAAAAUGGGACUAAAAGCCCAGGAUACUGCGGAAUUAUUCUUUGAAGAUGUCCGGUUGCCAGCUAGUACUCUACUUGGAGAAGAAAAUAAAGGCUUCUAUUACCUCAUGCAAGAACUUCCACAGGAAAGGCUACUGGUUGCUGAGUUGGCAGUUUCAGCCAGUGAAUUCAUGUUUGAAGAAACCAGGAAUUACGUUAAAGAAAGAAAAGUUUUUGGGAAAACAGUUGCACAUAUGCAGACAGUGCAGCAUAAGCUGGCAGAAUUAAAAACACACAUUUGUGUAACCAGAGCUUUUGUGGACAGCUGUCUUCAGCUGCAUGAAAAGAAACGUCUGGACUCUGCCACGGCCUCCAUGGCGAAAUAUUGGGCAUCUGAGUUACAAAACCGUGUAGCUUAUGACUGUGUCCAGCUCCAUGGAGGUUGGGGAUACAUGUGGGAGUACCCAAUUGCAAAAGCUUAUGUGGAUGCCCGAGUUCAGCCAAUCUAUGGUGGUACCAACGAAAUAAUGAAGGAGCUGAUUGCAAGAGAUAUCGUCCAUGACAAAUAGACAUCUGCCCACAUCCUGGAAUCCUGUUACAAAUAAUCUGGUUUUAAAUCUACUCAAGAUAAAAUGCAACCUGGCAAGGGAGGAAACGCUAAACAUGUUUUUAUAUGCUCUAUUAAAGAGAAAUCAAAUAUGAGAUUAUUACAGUGGUAGGAGAAACUUUGAAUUCAAAGAUUCUAAAAUUCUCCAGUACAAGGUUUAACUUUUAAUUUUUUACAUAGCUAAAAGGCAAAAAUUUUCUGAUUCUAGAAACCUUGGUCUUUGAUUCUCUCUAAAAUUCGAAAAAAGCAUAAUUGCUUUCAAAUUGAGGCAGCAAUAGUUUUGUUAAAUAUUACUAUUUAUAGUAACAUUAAUAAUAGUUACAGCACAUUGACUUUGAAAGGGAAGAAUAUACAAUGUAAAUGAUUUCUACCACCCUCUCCUAAACACUCUGUUUUUAGGCCCUGGCAUCAUUUCCUCAAACAAAAGCUUAUGCAGAGUCUCUGAAAUGCUGAUGAAUGAAGAGCUGCUUUAGUGGAAGCAGGAACCACUGGAUUCCUGGAAUCCCUAAACUCAAGCUGAGCAUUUGCCCAACCCCACCCAACUAGAGAAUGUGGUCGCUUCUCUCAUCUACUAACACCUGGGCUUUCAACAGAUUUCAUCCCAGUUUCAUUUAUAGGAGAACACAGAAUAAUUUAUCAUCCUUUAGUUUCAAUAUAUUGGUAUACCUUAUAGGUAUCAAAACAGUGACUUUUAUUUUGGAGCAGUGUACUAAAAAACUAACAAAUAGGGGCGCCUGGGUGACUCAGUCCUUAGCAUCUGCCUUCAGCUCGGGUCAUGAUCCCAGGGUCCUGGG